AUGGCAGCAACAGCAAAGCAAGUGCGGAUUGACGACAUGCUCAAGAAGCUCCGAACAGAAGUUGAUGAUCUUCUUCCAAUCGUGGAAAAAGAUGUGGAGGAAAACGACUUGUUUGCUCUAAAGAAGCAUCUCAAGAAAAUCGAUCGUCUUAGACAAGACAUUUGCACUCAUGACAAUAGUUGGAUGGAAGAAGUCUCGAAAACAAAAGCAAAUCAAGCAUUGAUGGACGAGCAAUUCAAAACAGCUGAAGAAUAUCAAGAAAAAUUCGAUCAUAUGUUGGCAAAAAUCGAGACUGUUCUCCCACCAGUCAGUGCAAUCAAUGGCGAUCUCAAAACAAUCCUCGAACAAGUCAUAUCAGCCAAUAGAAUUAAGCAGGAACAACCAGAACCUGAUGUUGUUUCCAACCUGCUUGGGCGACUUGUGUCGGUGCAGGAGCAGCAUUCGAACGCAUUACCUACAAUCCGGAUCAGGCGCUUUGGAGGUGACGUCGCCCAGUUUAUCCCUUUCUGGGAGGAGUUCACCGCAGCUGUUCACGAUCGAAGCUAUCUUACGGACGGUCAGCGCUUCAAGUACCUUCGAGAUCAUCUCUGCGACGAAGCAGCGCGUGCGAUUCAUGGGAUUCCGCCUACGGGAGACAACUAUCGACGAGCUGUUCAUCAUCUUCUCAGAAGGUAUGGCAAUCUGGAGACAAUAGUUAUUGGUGUGUUCAAUAAUAUGCUAGCUCUUCCAAAAGUGCAAAAAGCAAAUGAUUUAAAUCUUCUCAAAGAUUUAUUAGAUAAACUCAAUAGUCAUAUUGUGACAUUAGAGUCCAUGAAAUUUUCGGCCCAGCAUUACGCUGGCCUUAUGUACCCCGUACUCAUUCAAUCCUUGCCAAAUCAGCUGGUUCUCAGAUACUUGUCUUCUAUUGAGGAAGACGAUGAUAUUACUUCCAUUGAUCCAAAUGAGCCAUUUCCCUCUCUCGUUGCCACCACUGAGCUUUCAGACAAGUUGGUUUCUAGAUUCAAUGGCCUUCGAGCAUUUUUAAGCAAAGAAGUUGCUACAAGAGAUCAACAGGCGCGCAUAGCCAAAAAAUCUGACGGCGCGCCGCCCAGUGGUAGAGGCCCCAAACACCCUUUUCGAUCAAACCAGGUAAACAAUAAUAACAACGACACUAUGAACAUGUUUAUGUCUGGUGGGUCAACGGCACACGAUGAUUUCGGCGGCUCUGCAGAUCAUGGAACUCCUACUGGAAACAGCCAAGUAAAUGGUAAUGGAUAUAAAUCCAAGGGUAAAGUUGAAGGUACAAAACAUUCUGCUAAGCCUCAACAAUGUUUGUUCUGUGGUAGCAAUCAUUAUUUUGGAAAAUGUAAGCUGAAAAUGUCGCUGAAUGAUCGUAUUCAGAAAAUUGAUGCAGCAGGUUUAUGCAGGCGAUGCCUUAAAAAAGGUCAUACGACUGACUCCUGCGCAGCAAAAAUUUGUUGCAUAAAAUGCAAAGAGACUAGCCAUCUCCCAAUCCUCUGCUCAGCUAGCGCUUUGGUACAAGUGACCGCACCUGACAACACUUUCCUCCCCACUGGUCACAUAUGUUUGGAAAAUGGUCAAUCAAAAGUACCAGCGAGGUUCAUUUUGGAUUGCGGAUCGCAGCGCACUUACAUUACUUCGAAGUGCGCUGACGCUCUCCAGUUAAAGCCAAAGAGCUAUGAGUGGCUAUAUGUCCACGUUUUUGGAGGCAUUCAAGGCCAACUUGAAAAAUUCCCCGUUGUUUCAUUCAACAUUCGUACGGCAAAGGGAGAAACAAUGUCAUUCAAUGCACUUGUCACCCACACGAUUUCAAAUCGUAAAUUGCCAUUGCUCCCAGAGCAUGUUCGCGACGCGGUGAACGUCAGCUGGGCUGAGGAUCCACACGGCCAGUUGGAGCUGGGUGUUCUGUUCAGUGCCUUCGAUACAGCACGUAUCACUAACGGCUGUCCAGAGCAUGUUCGCGACGCGGUGAACGUCAGCUGGGCUGAGGAUCCACACGGCCAAUUGGAGCUGGGUGUUCUGUUCAGUGCCUUCGAUACAGCACGUAUCACUAACGGCUGUCCCAUGCAGGUUGUCAACGAUUCACUGGCGUUGAUGACAACCAAAUUUGGAUGCGUGGCUAUUACCCAAGCUACACCAAGUGUUGACCCCCUCAAUAUGAUUUCUCUUCCAAUCUCUCUGGAAGAUUUUUGGAAGCUCGAACAUGUAGGCAUCCAACCUGAGGAGCUGUUAGACUCCAAACCCGAUUUCGAAGCUCUUGAUAAUAAUUUCAAAAAGAGCAUUACCCAAGAUACGCUCACAGGUCGUUACUCGUGUCAAUUGAACUUAGAUGACACAAAAGUAUCAAAACUGGCGGACAACAUGAUUCUCGCUCGCAAACAGACGUGUUCGCUUUUACAGAAGCUACGAUCUAACGACGAGCUCAAAGACGCUUAUGUUGCGGAAAUGAAUCAUUUUUUUGAAAAUGGCUUUGCUGAGCCGCUACCUGAGGGAGAAAGUCCAGCUUUUGUUCUGCCACACUUCCCAGUAAUUAAUCCCAGCAAAGAUACAUACAAAGUCCGACCAGUAUUCAAUGCCUCUUCACAUACAAGAGGACAAAUUUCCCUUAAUGACUGUAUUGUUGAUGUUCCAAACCUCUUACCAACAUCAGUCGAAAUCUUGUUAAAGUUCCGAAAGCACAAGAUUGGAGUGGCAGCCGACAUUUCGAAAGCCUAUCUUACGGUCGAAAUUCUCCCUGACUACCGAAACCUAAUGUGUUUCUUAUGGGCUCGGGACGAAAAUCUACGACAAUUGCAGCUUUACCGGAUGACGCGCAAUACCUUUGGUGUUAAAGAUGCGCAAUAUAACGUCAUAACAGUCAUCCGGGAGCACGCUAAAAAAUACGUCAAUUCCCACCCAAGUGCCGCUCUCGCGCUGUCUGAGCAUCUGUACAUGGACGAUAUGCUCACGGGCGCUGAUUCCAUCGAAGAGGCAAAGCAGCUCGAAAAGCAAGUGUCGGAAGUUCUAUCAGACGCCGGCAUGGUGAUGAAAAAAUGGCGUUUUAGUUCCUCAACCACUUCUGCUGACGAAGAUUUUCUCGCUGUUCCUACUGGAACUAGCAAAGUACUCGGCGUUUUUUGGAAAGAGGAUAAGGAUGUGCUCACGUUUAAAGGAAACGAGCUUAUCAAUUUCGUGCGCAACUCGCAGCCAACAAAAAGAACCCUUAUGGGAGCAGUUGCGCGGCUCCAUGACCCUUUAGGUCUGAUUUCUCCAUUCAUUAUGGAAUUGAAACUGAUCUUACAAAAGAUCCACAAGGCAAAGUUGACCAUGGAUGCUAUUCUGCCAGCUGAUCUGCUCAAAGCCUGGCUUGGCUGGUGCGAUCAGCUGGAUCAGCUGGAGAAAUUUGAGAUACCGAGAUGUUAUACAAACAAACUCGGCCCCAUUCGGCUCCAGGAGUUACACGCGUUCGCAGAUGCUAGCGAUCGCGCCUAUGCCGCGGUGAUUUAUCUCAAAAGUAUUGACACAAAUGGAAAUGUAAACAUCCAGCUUGUCGCUUCCAAGGCCAAACUUACGCCUAUCAAAGUACUGGAGCAAAUGAGUAUUCCACGAAAAGAGCUCGUUGCCGCCCUUUGUGCUGCGCGGCUUUUACGUUUUGUUGCAAAACAUCUCCAAUUAGAGUCAGCCCCCAAAUUUCUUUGGUCUGACUCAACGAAUGUGCUUCACUGGAUUCACGGUGCCAGUCCGGAAAAACACGGCGUUUUCAUCUGCAAUCGGCUGAAAGAGAUAUUACAACUUUCCGAACCGGUGCAAUGGGCACAUAUUGACGGAUCAAAUAACCCGGCAGAUCUGCCCUCACGCGGCUGCACCAUUGAAAAACUGAGCAAGUCUUCUCUUUGGAUUGAAGGCCCGCCUUUCCUCAAGCAAUUAGAGGAAUAUCCACGCUUUGCCAAAGCAUCAGUGAAUACGGAGACUACAUCUCUUCACGUGCAGGUGCAGACGCCUGUGUUUGACGUAACUAAGUACUCAUCCUUGAACAAAGCUGUUAGAGUUUUCGCCACUAUUCGGCGUUAUUGUCGAGUUCUUCUUGACAAAGCUCACAAGCGCAAGUGUUGCCAUGGGGGGAGUACAGGUCAGCCUACCGACAAUACGGCCACCGAGACAAAACAAAGAGCAUUCGACCUUGUGCCUGCUCUGAAUAUUGACAAACAACCUCUACAGGGAUUUGAACUACAAGCGGCUAAAGAAAUUCUGAUUCAGCAAGCACAAGAGCGAUGUUUCGCUAAUGCCAAAACACAACUACAACAAGGCGAUCAAUGCGAUGAUACUCGCAUCGCUUCGUUCAAACCGUUUGUUGACAACAGAGGUUUGAUUCGAGUGGGGGGCCGUCUGGAAAAUAUGAAUGAACCAUAUGACGUGCGCCACCCGAUCCUUCUAGCCGAUGAUCACUUAACUCGGCUUAUUAUUGACGAUCUCCAUGUAAAAGGCUCUCGUCAUUUAAAGACAAAUGUUGUUCUCGCUAACCUCCGUCAAAAAUAUUGGGUUUUACGAUCGAGACAACUUGUCAAAAGCGUAAUCUAUGCGUGCCCUUCCUGCAUCCGGGAGCGCGCUCACCCGGGAGGUGCAAUCGAAGCACCUCUUCCAAUCGAAAGAGUUGAUGGAUUCUCUACACCUUUCAAGCACGUUGGAAUGGACUAUCUUGGCCCACUAACUGUCCAAAAUGCUAAAUCAGAUCAAAAGGUCUGGGUUGCAUUGUUUACAUGCAGUGUAACCAGAGCUCUCCAUCUGGAGGUGGUGAGUGACCUGACCGGUGGCAGUUGCAUAGAUGCCAUAAAGCGUUUUGUCGCUUCACGUGGUCUACCACAAACAAUUAACUCUGACAACGGUCUUAACUUCGUUCGUGCAGAAAAGGCAGUCAGAUCGCUGUGGGAGGCGUUGACAACGCCUGAAGUGCAACAGUACUUUGGCGCCUCAGGUAUACAAUGGCACUUCAAUGCGCCAAAAGCAGCGUGGUGGGGCGGGCAAUUCGAGCGCCUAGUGCGUAUUGUCAAAGAUUGUAUCAAACGAUCUCUGAAAUCGCAUAUUUUGCCUCUGUUUCAAUUUCUCACGCUCAUUAAAGAGGUCGAAGCGGUAAUUAAUAGCCGACCGCUCACGCAUAUUCCAAAUUCACCCGAGGAACCCAUUGCAUUGACCCCAGCACACUUCGUAGCUUCCCGACUGCCAAUCUCGCUACCAGGUGGAAAGAUAUCACCCACUGAAUUAAGAGGCGAUUCUCUU